AUGCUCCUGGACGCGGGGCCGCAGUUCCCGGCCAUCGGGGUGGGCAGCUUCGCGCGCCACCAUCACCAUUCGGCCGCGGCGGCUGCGGCGGCGGCCGCCGAGAUGCAAGACCGAGAGCUGAGCCUGGCGGCGGCGCAGAACGGCUUCGUGGACUCGGCGGCCGCGCACAUGGGAGCCUUCAAGCUCAACCCCGGCGCGCAUGAGCUGUCGCCUGGCCAGAGUUCGGCGUUCACGUCCCAGGGCCCCGGCGCCUACCCGGGCUCCGCUGCGGCUGCGGCUGCCGCCGCGGCGCUCGGGCCCCACGCCGCGCACGUUGGCUCCUACUCUGGGCCGCCCUUCAACUCCACCCGGGACUUCCUGUUCCGCAGCCGCGGCUUCGGGGACUCAGCGCCUGGCGGCGGGCAGCACGGACUGUUCGGGCCGGGUGCGGGCGGCCUGCACCACGCGCACUCGGACGCGCAGGGCCACCUCCUCUUCCCCGGCCUCCCGGAGCAGCAUGGGCCGCACGGCUCGCAGAAUGUGCUCAACGGGCAGAUGCGCCUCGGGCUGCCCGGCGAGGUGUUCGGGCGCUCGGAGCAAUACCGCCAGGUGGCCAGCCCGCGGACCGAUCCCUACUCGGCGGCGCAGCUCCACAACCAGUACGGCCCCAUGAAUAUGAACAUGGGUAUGAACAUGGCAGCGGCCGCGGCCCAUCACCACCACCACCACCACCACCCCGGUGCCUUUUUCCGCUACAUGCGGCAGCAGUGCAUCAAGCAGGAGCUCAUUUGCAAGUGGAUCGACCCCGAGCAGCUGAGCAACCCCAAGAAGAGCUGCAAUAAAACUUUCAGCACCAUGCACGAGCUGGUGACCCACGUCUCCGUGGAGCACGUCGGCGGCCCGGAGCAGAGCAACCACGUCUGCUUCUGGGAGGACUGUCCGCGCGAGGGCAAGCCCUUCAAGGCCAAAUACAAACUGGUCAACCACAUCCGCGUGCACACCGGCGAGAAGCCCUUUCCCUGCCCCUUCCCGGGCUGCGGCAAGGUCUUCGCGCGCUCCGAGAACCUCAAGAUCCACAAAAGGACCCACACAGGGGAGAAGCCGUUCCAGUGCGAGUUCGAGGGUUGCGACCGGCGCUUCGCCAACAGCAGCGACAGGAAGAAGCACAUGCACGUGCACACCUCCGAUAAGCCCUAUCUCUGCAAAAUGUGCGACAAGUCCUACACGCACCCCAGCUCGCUGCGGAAACACAUGAAGGUCCAUGAGUCUUCCCCUCAGGGCUCGGAGUCCUCGCCCGCUGCCAGCUCCGGCUACGAGUCGUCCACGCCCCCGGGGCUGGUGUCCCCCAGCGCCGAGCCCCAGAGCAGCUCCAACCUGUCCCCGGCGGCGGCGGCGGCUGCAGCGGCGGCGGCGGCGGCAGCAGCCGCGGUGUCCGCCGUGCACCGGAGCGGAGGCUCGGCCGGCGGUGGCGCUGGAGGCGGCUCGGCCGGUGGCAGCGGCAGUGGCGGGGGCGGCGGCGGGGCGGGCGGCGGGGGCGGCGGCAGCUCUGGCGGGGGCAGCGGGACGGCCGGGGGCCAUAGCGGCCUCUCCUCCAACUUCAAUGAAUGGUACGUGUGAGGGGCCAGGGUGGGGGGGCUGUCUCCCUCUCCCCGUCCCCACCCGGGCGCAGCGGCCGCUCUCCCCGAGGGCACCUUGUGAUCGUGUUGUUAACACUCGGAUUCGGAUUUUUAUGAUGAUGAUGAAAAUAAUUUUACCAGCAGAAGGAUUUUUAAAAGUUUUUUUUUUUUUUUUUUUUUUUUUUAAGUCUAGGCAUGAAAAAGCAAAAAUAGCCCUUCUGGAGUUUCUGAAGCUGAAAAUAUAUAAAAAUAGGAAAUAAAAAAUUAAAAAAAAUAAAAACUCACAAAAAUAUUGACACCCCCCCCCCCAGCCCUGGCCCCCGUCCUCCGACAGACUGUACAUAGCGGGCCCUCCCUCCGCGGCGGUCAGAAGCGCGUCUUUGGUGCAUAGAAGUUUGUCCGUUUGUAAACUCCAGGCCGCCUUCCCCUCGCCCCUGCCCUCCCCGAGUAAAGCGCCUUUUAGUUUGGACCCGGUUUCUUUUUUUUUUAAGUGACGUGGAGGAAAACGGUUUAUUUUGUAUUGUGCUAUUGAAUAUUGUGUUCCUUUUUAUGAGGCAACUUGAUUGUCAACUUCAUGCGACUAUAGACUGGGGAAAAAAAAAAAAAACAAACCAAGCCGUGCCAAAGUCUCCCUCCCUCUGUGUCUUCAGCACAACCCACCCGCGUGCACACAUGCCACCGCCGCCACCAACGCUUGUGAAUGUACUUUUCUGUUAGCUGGGUUUACGUGUGAUGUUCUAGUGCUUUGGCAAGUCCGAUUUGUUAGUUCCUGUAUGAAAGAUUGUGGGGGGGAAUAAACGUCGUGCCGUUAGCUUUUUCCGUCAUAACGCCCUUUCCUUCUGUAAAUACCCGUUGCCAUAUUUAUCCAUUUGUAAUUAAAUUAUGGUAUUAACUUGCUACAGAGGAAACAAUAUUUAUAAAGAAUGUUUCUUAACUAUAAAUAUGUACAAUUGUGGGCAUAAACUGUUCCAGAUUUUUUAUUUGAAGGUUUUAAGUGG